AUGCUCGACAACACAUAUCCCCAAAAAGAUUCGAAAAAGGGCAGACUGAGUGGUGGAGCGACCACCAAGUCUGCCAACGGAAACAACAAGCGACCAGCAGACUCCACCCCAGACCCCAACCUCAAGAAACGUAGGAAAGAUGCGGAUUUAAUGCCUGCCCCUUCUGUCCCUCUCAACACUCCUGCUGCCACCAAACCCAUUGGCAUGCCCGAUCUGUCCAGUCUCCCAACCUCGUCGCUCAUAUCCUAUCUCGCCAAACACGAUAUCAUACCACCCAUCCUCCCCUCUCCAUACACAUCCGUACCCGUGCCCUCACCCGGUGCACUCCUCGACCCAACAUGCACAGACGUACCCAUAUUGACAGACCUGGACGCAGUCCACAACGUACUCGCCAAACUUGUCGAACGACACUGGCUCACCAAGUCGGUCCGCGAGUCCGACACCCUCGCUGGCUUUGUCUGGUCCGCCCAGCGUGCACGAGAACGAAAUCUGCUCGCCACAUCCUCCGCUGCUGCUGCUGCAGGACACUAG